AUGAAUGAUGUGGCAUCAAUACAAGGAUGCGCAGUUAUAGGACUUCAAGUACAACAAGAGCAACAACAACAACGUAUGCUUCAACCGUACCAAGUACAACAAAUACUACUACAGCUACGAGCACAACAACAAGUUGCAAGUCUAGCGGCAACUAAUUACUCACAUAAUUCUAUCGUGUCAAACAACAACCUCGUCGACAACAUUUACAGUGCUAGCAUGGAAGGAGGGAUCAGCUCAAAUGUGCAGAAUGCUGAAGAACGGAUUGAGUCAACAGUAUUGUACGAUGGACCUCAUCCUGAAUUAGCUGCUAGGCUUGAAAAGGAAAUACUGGAGACAAAUCCAGGGGUUAAAUGGGAUGAUAUUGCCGGACUAAGUGAAGCAAAGAGGAUUCUACAGGAAGCAAUGGUAUUGCCAUUGUUGAUGCCUGAGUAUUUCCAGGGAAUCCGGAGACCUUGGAGAGGAGUUCUUAUGUUUGGUCCUCCGGGGACAGGGAAAACACUCUUGGCCAAAGCUGUUGCUACAGAGUGUGGGACAACAUUUCUCAAUAUUUCUUGUAGUUCAUUGUGUGGAGAUUGGUACGGGGAGAGUGAGCGAUUGACACGGUGCUUAUUUGAGAUUGCCCGUACUCAUGCUCCAACUACAAUUUUUAUUGACGAGAUUGAUUAUCUUUGCAGUGCCAAAGUGUCUGCUACAGAGCAUGAAGCAUCCCGAAGGGUAAAGGCUGAACUUCUAGUUCAGAUCGAUGGGUUAAACAACUCUAAUAAAAUGGUGACAGUGUUGGCAGCAACAAAUUUCCCCGAGAGUCUUGACGAGGCACUAAGGAGACGGCUACAAAAGAGGAUUUACAUCCCACUUCCUGAUUUUAAGAGUCGUAAGGAGCUUAUAAACAUAAACUUGAAAUCAAUCAAGUUAGCUCCUGGGGUGAAUAUUGACCAAGUGGCACGAAGAACAGAAGGUUACAGUGGAGACGAUCUAACAAACGUCUGCAGAGAUGCUUCCUUUAAUGGGAUGAGACAGAAGAUAUCAGGGAAAACUACAGAGGAGAUUAAGAACAUAUCCGAAUCUGAAUUUCUGAAUAUUCCAGUUACGAUGGAUGACUUUCUGGAAGCUUUAGAUAAAAUAAAGCCCACAGUUUCUGCAGGGGACAUUCAACGAUAUGAGAAACUGCUUUCAGAGUUCGGAUCAUCAUAG